GAGGAUCCGAAGUAUAUUCUAGAUUUUCCGGUUUUGAUGUACAGAAAACAUGAUUGGAGAAAGUGAAAGUCUUUGAACUGGUAAUCUAUUCAAAGGCAAGCGUCCCUUCCUGUGGCUAAAGUUUCAGAAUGUUAUUUAUUGCUCUACCUCUGUUAAAUUUGUGCCUGGCCACAGGUACCAGAGCAGCCCCCAUACCUCUGGAAAUGGUGGAUAUGUCAUAUGUUUUUGAUGAGACGACACUGCAUUGGCCAACGCAAAAGGAAUUUGAGAUGAACGUCAAGUUCAACGGAACGACUGGUGAAGGUUAUUGGCUGCAGCUAGAGGAAUACAAUUCAGCGAUUCAUGUUGGCACUCAUAUGGAUGCGCCAUGCCAUUUUGCAGAAGGUAGAUGGACUGUGGAUGAGAUACCGUUGCAUCGCCUUGUGGGCCCAGCAGCUGUUAUCGAUAUUACCCAAAAGGCGGAACAGAACAGAGAUGCCUUUGUAGAGGUACAAGACCUGGAGAACUGGGAAAAAUUAACAGGCCAUAGACUGGACAAUCACAUUGUCAUGAUCCGUUCUGGGUGGGGUCGUCGUUGGCCAGAUCGAGAAGCUUUUACAGGAACCCCCAACAAGGACGCUGACAAUCUCCAUUUUCCAGGUUUUUCUCCGGAAGCUGCUCAGUGGCUUGUAGAUAACAGAAGAAUUUAUGGAGUUGGUACUGAGACCCUGUCUUUGGAUUAUGGACCAUCAAAGGAUUUCAUGGCUCACAGAAUUCUUCUGGGAGCGAAUAUUUAUGGCCUAGAAAACGUGGCGAAUGUGGAAAAACUUCCAUUGUUUGGUGCUACACUUUACGCCAUGCCCAUGAAGAUAGGUAAAGGCUCUGGUGCGCCUACCAGAAUCUUCGCCACUUUCCCAAAAAUACGUGCAUAGCAAGAGCGAUCUGAAUCUUGUUAUUAAAAUUUUAUGCAUAAUAUAAUAAUUUCAGUUAAAUGCUUUAGAAAUACUCCUAUUAAUUCCGGUUAUUGGAAUAUUGUGAAGAAAGUUUUCGCGUUUUGAUACUUCUGAUUGUAAAAGAUAUUGUGUUUAUGUCUUUAGCUUCUAAUAAAAUAACAAUUUUUAAAA